GAUUAAUUCUUGUUUCAAACUUGACAGAUCUGUGUGUGAUUGAUGCACAACACAUAUUGCAACUGAGAACCUACACAGUUAUGGAUUGUUUUGCACAUUUUCACUUACCCCUGUGAUUGUGAUGGUAAAUGUGUUUCCUCUGACACCUCUCCUCUCUUUCCCUCUCUCUCGCUCUCUCUCUUUCAUCAGGAGGUGAUGCAGAUGGAACAGCAGCUCGGGGGUCGGCUGAUUGACGAGCCACACGUCCUGCUUUUCAAAGACACUUACCACAACCUGCGCUUGUCCAUCCAUGACAUGCCCCAGGCGCACUGGAGGAGCAAGCUGCUAGCUGGGUACCAGGAGAUCCCGUUCUACCACAUCUGGAACGGUUCCCAGCGGUACCUGCACUGCACGUUCACUCUGGAGCGGCUCAGUCUCAGCACCUGCGAGCUCACCUGCCAGCUGUGUGUGUGGCAGGUGGAGGGGGAGGGCCAGAGCUUUAGCCUUGACUUUAACAUUGCCAAGGACACCCGAGCUGUGGACUCAGAGUUUCUGCUGAUGGACAGUAACGCCACAGCUCUGGCAGGGCCCAGCGCCUUUCAGAUCCCGUACCUCAUCAGGCAGAAGAUCUGCAGCAGCCUGGAUGCCCCCUGUCCCAACGGAGCUGACUGGAGAAUGCUCGCACAAAGACUUAAACUUGAGAGACACAUGAGUUUCUUUGCAUCCAAAGCAAGCCCAACCUCUCUGAUCCUGGACCUGUGGGAGGCACAACAUUUCCACAGCGGCAACAUCAACCAGCUGGCCUCAGUCAUGGCUGACAUUGGCAAACAGGAAGCCAUGAUAUUCUUGGUCUCUGAUGGCGAGUGCUAACUCAGAAACUGGAGAGAGACUGGUAUAGGGAAAAGAAAAGAACACAACUAACGACACACAAAAAAAAAUACCACAGCAGGAAUUGAACAGCAGAGUUGUCCCAGUGUCCCUCCUCUUCACUUUAGAAGAUAGUAAAUGCUUUGCGAUGGAUUGUAAGUCCCUAUGUCCCUCUGAAAAUCUUUAAAUGACUGACCAAAUGUGGGGAAAGGUAGAACUGAGGUGUGUCUGAGGUGUGUCGGGAUAUGUAUUUUAUGAACAGUCUCAAUAAAUGAAAACCCUUUAUUUUCCAUUAACGAUUAAAUUAGUCCACAUCCUGGUUAAAGAUCACUUUAAAUUGACUUCAGGCCUUUUUCACAAAUAAGCCAACAAGGAGCAAUAUGCAAACAUGCGGCUAUUUUUAAUGUCCAAUAUUGCAAACUCAACAAAUCAUCUCUGAGCUAAUGUAUUAAAUAUGAGAGGAAAAGAAAAGGGACGUGUGACAAAAGGUGCCAGUCAUUUCAGGGUCGAGAGAGCGAGCGACAUAUGCAACUGACAGGUUGGUUUAUGACAUUAUCUCACACUGAUUCACAUUUUCAACGAGGUCAUCAGGGUCCGUAGACGUCCCCUCCCGUCCACUCCCAAACCCACGGACUGUAUUGAAGGACAUCUAUGUGUCGGACGAUUCUUAAAAACUCACACGGGCAGCUUGUAGCACGUUCUGGACUUGCAGGUUUAAAACAGAUUGUAUGUCAGAGGCCCCCCCCACCACCACCACAAAAAAGCCUGUGUCAUCUUGUUUGUGCACGUGUGUGUAUGUGUUGUUGUUUUUUUUGAGUCCAGCCGGUAUCACUACUGUGAACAUCACAUCUUGACAUCUUGAUUUAGUGAGACGCUUCACAGCCUUCCUGCUUCUAAAUCAAUAUAUGUGGGGUUUGGGUUUGAACUUUUUUUUAAAGGGAGGCGUGAGUAAUACCUCCACUAAAGUCAUAUUUCUAAAGCCAUUUCUAUUCAAAGCCUGCGAUUUUGAUCCAUCCAUUUUAUUUCAGGUCUUACGUGGUCGUUCGUUCUUUGGCUCACAAACGGGGGCAGAAAGGCUUUUCCAGCUGCUUCUAUACAUAUGUGAAGACUGAUUGUCCUAAAGAGCCCUUUCAAAAAACGACAUUUUUUCCCCCUUGAUUACAUUAAUUCUGUAGAUGUCAGACAAAAAAUGUGGCCAACAGGUUUAUUAUCCCCCAUGAAUAAUGCAGAGCACUUUCCCACGGAAAAACCUGCCAGCAAAUUCUUCAAGAUCGUUACCAGAUUACUCAUGUGGAAAGGCCAAUUAUGCAGCUUUGUUUUUAUAAUUCAUCAAGCAAUGUUUGUGGCAAUGCUGUGUUUGCUGUGUGGCAAAUAGCAUUUCUACAUCAAAGAAACGCCGUCCCUCAUAAAGAGUUAGGCCUUUUCAUAUCAUUCUGCUCACAACAUUUUUUUGUAAUUUCUAUCCAGCAGGGCACAAUUGAUUUACUAGAGUCUUAAACUGCAACUACACAUUUUCUUAUUUCAUAUCCUGAUACUGUUGCAUUAAUGUGCACAGCUAUUUUACUUGUUUUAUUUUUUAUUAAUGGAUCUGUCAGGUCGGGCAACAUAAAUACAGAAUAGGUGAAGUGUGCUGGUGCAGUAAUUAUGUGUUGAGAAGGCAUCAGCGAUCCCAAAUUAGCCAUAGAUUCUCCGUCUGCCUCAGGGUUGCAUGUGAAGUUGUGUGUGGAAAAGUUGAAAAGAGUAAAAAUCCUUAAAAGAUCCUGUGGCUUCACCUUUGAAACUGACCGGAGCCUCUUUUAUGAUUGUCAGAUAUUUGGAAUGUACAUGUGUGUGUUUCCUUGUCGUGGGAGGUGGAGGUGGAGGUGAGGAGAAAUAUGUGUCUCAUUUCCCUUUUCACGUUUUAGAUGUCCCGUUGUUGUUGUUUUUUUUUAUAAAGCUAUCUUAUUCCCCGGCUACACCUCUCUUCUAUCACACUAAACACACCUCCUCUUUGACCUACGACACUUUUUACAAAUCUCUGUCUUAUUUCAUGUAACAGUUCCAUGGAAUAAAAGGUUCCUUUUUUUAUUCAGGAUAAGAAACCCCUUGAAUCAAGCCCCUUUCAGAUAAAAUUGUGAUACCACCUUAAAUGGAUCUUUUCAUGUUGAAACUGAUCACGUCACAUGUAAUAUGUAAAUACUUUUUCUAUACCAGCCACGUGCUGUCACUUUACAUAAUGUAUAUCAGCAGAAUUGGUAACCAAAGUUUUAUGAGCUUCGUUUUAGGCUUCAUUUCCUCCUCAUGUCGUAUCCGUUCAGAUAUCGCUUUACUUGCGGCGCUCGUGUAGAAUGAGUCUCCUUACUUUAUCUCAUUCCCUCGCUUUUUCGUCUUGAGGCAGAUGUGUCAAGUUUAUUUUAUCACUUUGUAAAGAAAUGUAAAAUAUAUUUUAAUAUAAAAAAAAAGAAAAGAAAAAAAGACACGCAGCAUUUGUCAAGUCUAAACCGUGACGUGUUUGCCUAUAUACUGUUCUUUGGCGAUCUAGCAGUGAAGACUUUUUUGCAGUGUUAAGGGUGUAGAGCCUGUUUUAGAGGAGUUUCUAUACAUAUUUUGUCCGUCCUUACAUUGCGUUGGUCAGUACUAUCGUUUCUUGAAUUCUUGAGCAUUUAAAGGUGAGGUGGAAACAGACACUAGUACUUACAGAACCACUAUACACCAGGACUGUGUGUGUGUGUGUGUGUGUGUAAGUACAGGCUAACUGGAGAAAGAGGAAAUCUGUUCAUGGACACUCGCUGACAAGCCAGUGUUGACACAGCAUGUUUAGAUGAGCCAUGGCAGUUGUACAGACUGACUGUGUGUGAAAUUGUAUCACUCCUGUAGUUGUCUUGGAUGUGUUGUCUAAGCACAUUUCAGUCAUGCAAUUCACCAGCCCCCCCAGGACGUCCAGCAUCCAUCUUCACACUGAGGUUGUCCAACAGACCCACGGUUACUGUUUGUGUGUGUGUGUGUUGAAUACAGUUCCCUUCAUGAUAAAGUCUGGGCCUGAUGUUUUUGUGUAAUACACUCAGCUUGUUUUUCUAUUUAGUUCCUUGAUUCAAUGUCCCUUGCCUUUCUGCAAGUCAAAAAUGCUGUAUUUAUUACACGCCACAGCGCUUAUGCAAUUGUAUAAUCCUUUUAUCGUUUACUUUGGGUUCGUUUUCUAACCUUUGUGUUCUUUAUUGUCAGUGUACAUUGUUGUCAAUAUUUUUGUGGCAAUGGAAAAACUUCUGCUGAGGGAGAUUUUCUGUACUUUUCUGGACAAUGAUAUGGUUUUGUGGGUAGAAUUUUGGAAAUUCGUUUCUAAGUGCUUUCAAGUAUUUACUUGGCCUUAUGUAAAUAUAUAUAUAUAUAUAUCUAUCUAUGACAUUUCAGAAAGGUAUGUAUAGUAAUUCAACCUGAAAUUGAUGUAAAUAAAUUAUAUAUUGUUAAUUCAA